CUCAUUCUUAUCACACCGAAAAAUCUUCCCAUCAUGAAGUUCCGCGAUGGAAUGUGGUUGGUCGCAGAAGACAAACGAGUGGAGUACGCAGAGGAGAUCUACUCAAUCACAGAAGCGAACGAUGGCAAGAAAUUAAGCCUGCUAUGCCCAACCGCACAGGUUCAUUCCAGAGGAGAUACCCUGAACAGAACGACCUUGACUGUUGAUCUGGAAGCCGUCAGUGAUGGCAUUCUGUCUGUCGAAGUCACCCAUUGGCACGGUACUCUCCCCAAAGGCCCGCACUUUGACCUCUUCCCGCAUGGAAAACCGCCUCUCGUCAAUGCAUCGAUCGAGAAGUCGGAGGCCGGCACGACUUUGAGGUCUGGAAGUAUCGCUGCGACGGUCACCUCUCGUCCACAUACUUUCGACAUUCGCUUCCACAGCUCGGAUGGAAAGCAUAAAUUAACAUCUCUCCUCGACCGAAGUGUCGCUUUGGCAUAUUCCCCCGGCCCGGGAAGUGUGAUGCAAACGGCAGAUAUGCGAGACUUCAAGCACUAUAUCUUGACGCAAACCACGCUCGGAGUCGGCGAGGGGGUGUAUGGUCUUGGGGAAAGGUUUGGGGCUUUUAAUAAAGUUGGGCAAAGCAUUGAAUUGUGGAAUGCCGAUGGUGGGACUUCGAGUGAUCAGGCUUAUAAGAAUCUUUCGGUUUGGAUUUCGAAUAGAGGGUAUGGGGUUUUUAUCGAUCAUCCCGAACGUGUGGAGUUGGAAGUUGGGAGUGAGAGGUGUUGUAGAGUGCAGACGAGUGUGGAGGGACAAAGGUUGAAGUGGUAUAUUAUUUAUGGACCUACGCCGAAAGAGGUCCUUCGCAGGUAUACCGAGCUUACUGGACGGCCAAAUAAGUUGCCCGCUUGGAGUUUUGGCUUGUGGCUGAGUACGUCUUUCACGACUGAGUAUGAUGAGAAGACUGUCAGUUCGUUUCUUCAAGGGAUGCGGGAUCGCGAUAUACCGCUGCAGGUGUUUCAUUUUGAUUGCUUCUGGUUACGAAGCUUCCAUUGGUGCGAUUUCGAGUUCUCGGCUGAGCGUUUCCCGGACCCAAAGGGACAAAUUGCGCGCAUGAAGGAAUCUGGUCUGGUGAGCAAGGUCUGUGUGUGGAUCAAUCCGUACCUGGGUCAAACGUCUCCAGUGUUCAAAGAGGCAGCCGAAAAGGGCUUCCUGCUCAAACGCAAGAAUGGUGAUGUCUUUCAGUGGGAUCUUUGGCAAGCCGGAAUGGGGAUCGUUGACUUCACGAACCCGGAGGCGUGCCAAUGGUUUGUCAGCUGCUUGAAGAAGCUGUUUGACACUGGUGUGGAUGCCAUCAAAACCGACUUUGGCGAGCGUAUCCCGACCAAGGACGUGCAGUGGUAUGAUGCAAAUAUGGAUCCCGCGAAGAUGCACAACUACUACCCAUUUCUGUACAACAAGCUUGUCUUCGAAGCACUCCAGGAACGCUACGGCAAGGAUGAAGCUGUCCUCUUUGCUCGUUCGGCGUGUGCUGGCACUCAGCGAUUUCCGCUGCAGUGGGGAGGCGACUGUGAAAGUAGCUUUGAAGCCAUGGCCGAGUCUCUGCGCGGUGGCCUAUCGCUCGGCCUCUGCGGCUUCUCCUUCUGGUCUGUCGACAUUGGUGGCUUCGAGGGCUCGCCGGACCCUAUCAUCUACAAGCGAUGGGUCCCAUUUGGUCUCUUGUGCUCGCACUCCAGGCUGCACGGCUCCAACUCGUAUCGAGUGCCGUGGCUCAUCGAUGACGACGAAAAGGGCGAACAAGGCUGCUCGGCUGUAUUGCGUCGGUUUACGCAGCUCAAGUGCAGAUUGAUGCCUUAUCUGUACAGUCAGUCGAUGGAAGCCAUUGGACAUGGAUGGCCAGUCAGUGUGAGGGCCAUGGCUCUGGAAUUCCCCCGCGACAAAACAGCCUGGUCAUGCGAUCAACAGUUCAUGCUCGGCAGCAGUCUUCUUGUAGCCCCCGUCUUUGACGACAGCGGCGUCGUGGAGUUCUACCUGCCGGCAGGACGAUGGACUAGCUUCUGGGACCACCAAAAAGUCAUCCAAGGGCCUCAAUGGGUCGCCGAGCAGCACGACUUCACCACCCUUCCACUCUACGUUCGGGAAGGAAGUAUCUUGGUAUUGGGCAGGUGCGGCGAGACGAGGACGGUGUACGACUGGAUCGAUCCUUCUCAGCAUGAGGUCAGGCUGUACGAGCCGAAGCAGGACAGCAGCUUCCAUCUCUACGACAGUGGCGGGAAAUUGGCAACAACGCUCGAGGUCGAGGAGGUGCUGGGAGAAUGGCGGGUCAAGGCGGGCAGCGAUGUAGAGCUCAGUGUCUGCCGACUCAGUCGAGCUCAGAACUAUUGAAAGGCGAGGUUUCGAUGGGGAUGUCGCAGCUAACCGGGGCGUGAGAGAUGACUUCCCUGCGCAGCCUGGUGUCCCGUGUCCGUCGUGUACGUCCUUGCCACUGAAAUGGAAUUUUGCCACAGAGACAACGCACUUUGUAGAAUAUCCUUGAACAGCUGCACAAGGCCUGUAGCGCUGAUUGCACGUCUCGGUACGCGAGGCGAGGCGAGGCGAGGCACCCGUUCAUAUAGCACUUUUUUAUGGUACACCACGACGAACCG